AACCCAAAUAACAAUUGACAGCUAUCUUGUAGGCACGAGGGGUACAAAAAUACAGGAGCAUGCUGCGGGGGGUUGUGGUGAUUUCAAGGCAUGCGGUUGAUGUGUCGAGAGAAAGAGAUGGAAGAUGAAUAGACAGAGUGAGAAUGAUGAUUAUCAAAGUUGACACAGAAAAAUUACAGACACCAUCAAAAACGCGCCAAAAAAUUCAAACGUGCUGCACGCAAAUUUUGCUAGAGUCGAAAAAUUAAAUAUCAAUUGUCUUCUGAGUUUAUCCUACGCGUUUUCAAAACACAACAGUGCUGUGAUUCGUAGUUUUUUCGGUGUAAAUCAUGGAAAACGUGAAAAGAGUAAAGAAAUCCGGUAUGGUCAACAAGUUGGGCAAAGCAUUGUGGGCACAUUAUGAACGGCAAUGUGGUGAUGAGCAUCAAGGUGAACCAAGCAUACAGCAAAAUACUCCAGCUUCAGUAACACAGCCCCCUUCUUAUGUUGAAGAGUACCUCGAAGAUAUGCCGGAUGAAGGUGAAAUGUUUUUAGAGGAAGAACUCUUAAGCAACGUCGAUGAUGUAGACGAGGAUGUGGAUUUCCUAGAUCUACCACAAAUGAAUGACGAUGAGCAGCAUGAGGAUGAAAAUGAGUUUAUCGAAGAUGAGUCAAAUCUGUUUGUUAGAAAACUGCGAAUUUGGGCUCUAUCACAUAGAGUAACCCAUGUGGCUUUAAAGGAAUUAUUGUUAAUAUUGUCGGAUAUUGAUGGUCUGCAUAUCCCACAAGAUCCAAGGACAUUAUUAAAGACGCCAAAGGCGGUAGGAAAAGAGAUUACGACAGUUUCGGGAGGAGAGAUGUGGUACCAGGGAAUCGAAAAAUCUUUAAAGCAUCAUUUUCGAUCUAUUACCCCUUCCGUUGAUGUGUUCGUUAUUAAUCUCUUCGUGGACGGCCUUCCUUUACAUAACAGUUCUCCCACCGAAUUUUGGCCAAUUAUGAUGCAGCUUUACGAACAGCCGGAAGUUCCUAUCUUAACGUUAGGAAUAUAUUGCGGAUCGUCGAAACCACACAAUGUGGAGGACUACCUACGGCCUCUAGUAGUUGAUUUGAACCACGCAAUAGAAGAAGGAAUUGUGAUCAACCGAAAGAAGAUCAACAUAUGUUUAAGAGCAUUUAUUGCUGAUACCCCGGCACGAACAUUCAUAAAAGGAGUAGCAGCUCACAACGGUUAUCAAGGCUGUACAAAAUGCAAAAUUGCGGGAAGAUAUUGCAAAGCAGGACGAAAGAUUAUUUUCGAAGGAGUAGCUGCCGAGCGGACGGAUGCUGAAUUUAGAGGUGGAAAUUACAUCAUAGGGCAUCAAAAAAAAUUGACACCACUUUUAGACGUAAAAGGAUUAGAUGUAGUUAAACAAAUUUUAGUGGCAGACGAAUUGCACAUAAUCCAUUUAGGAAUAAUACGAAAAUUAUUGAAAGGCUACACAGUAGGAGCUUUAUCUCCGUUUGAAAAAUGGAAUCAUGAAGAAAUUUCAGAAUUUUCAAAAACUUUGGUUAGUAUAGAGUUACCAGCUGAAAUUCAUCGUGUCGUUAGACCGCUGCAACAUGUAGCAUAUUGGAAGGGUACCGAGUACCGCACUUUUUUAAACCAUAUUGGAAUACCGUUCCUUAAAGGACGAAUUAGUGAUGCAGCUUACCAUCAUUUCAAACUUUUUUAUGUAGCUAUUACUUUAUUUUCAAGUCAACAUUUUGCUAGCUACUGGAAACACGCGGGUAAAUUAUUAGAAAAAUUUGUUGUUGAUUAUAGCGAUGUUUACGAUAGAAAGUACUUGACUAGUAAUGUUCAUAAUUUAUUGCACAUUGAAGCAGAUGUAACAAUGUUCGGGGCCCUUCCAACGAUUUCGUCUUAUCCUUUUGAAAACAGGUUGCAAUUCAUAAAAAAAUUGAUUAGAACGGGGCACAGGACUUUGAGUCAGGUUAUUUGCAGGUUAACUGAGCUGAACCAAGUCGAAAAUGAAAUGAGUAAAGACAGAUCAGAAUAUCCACACUUAAAAUACAAAAAAAAUGAAGUAAUUUUGCAAGUAAAACCAAAUUUCGUAUUAAGGACAGGAAAUAGGAAUGGUUUUUUUUAACAAUCGAAAAUGAUGUCUUUAAAUAUAGCACAGCAUUCAUUGAAAACGGUACAAUUAUUAUAGAAGGAUACAAAUUGCUAAUUAAGCAAUCGUCAUUUUCCUAUCCUUUAAGCGCCGAUGUUAUUUAUAAUUUUGAUUUCAAAUUAACAGAUGUAGCAGUUGAGACGGAAAAGGUAGCGUUAAACGAUGUUAAGUGUAAGUUGGUAGCAGUUUCUUUGGAUAGAGGAAAAACGUAUCAUUUAAGCCCACUCUUACACACACUGAUAGUAUAGGUGAUAGUAAGAGGGAA